UCUGCACAGUUGCGCCCUCUAUGAAUGACCCACGCUUCUGUACGCAUUCACACAGCUCCUGGAAUCAUGGCGGACGGUCACAGCAACAACAAUCAUGUCCCUGUUUUGCUUUCAUUUUCGGCGUUUUCGCGGCCGUCCUCUGUGCCUGUUGGUUCUGGAUAUGAAGUGCUCAUUCAAAAGUUUUUGUCACUCUACGGACGCCAGAUUGACCUCCAUCGUAAAUUCAUGAUUCAAUUGUAUUCGGACGAGUGGGCACAGUACAUUGAUUUGCCGAAAGGAUUCAUCAUAUCUGAGAAAUGCAAGCUACGAUUUGUACCUUUGGAAACGGAUGUGACAAUACUGGGGAACCUGAUCCCAGCCACCACGGUUUUCUUCUGCUGUGACAUGCAGGAAAGAUUCCGCCCAGCUAUCAAGUACUUCGGUGACAUCAUCAGUGUGGGACAGAGACUGCUUCAGGGGGCUCGUAUCCUGGGGAUUCCCGUCAUCGUGUCGGAGCAGUACCCCAAAGGCCUGGGUAGCACGGUGCAGGAGAUGGACCUUACUGGAGCCAGGCUGGUGUUCCCUAAGACCAAGUUCUCCAUGGUGCUGCCUGAGGCCGAGGCAGCCCUGGCCGACCUGCCGGGGGUCCGCAGCGUGGUGCUGUUCGGGGUGGAGACCCAUGUGUGCAUCCAGCAGACAGCCCUGGACCUGCUAGCAAGGGGUUUCGAGGUGCACAUGGUGGCAGACUCCACCUCAUCCCGUAGCAUGAUGGACAGAAUGUUUGCACUGGACCGAAUGGCUCGCACCGGGAUCAUUGUCACCACCAGUGAGUCUGUCCUCCUCCAGCUGGUAGGCGACAAGGAGCACCCAAAAUUCAAGGAGAUCCAGAAUAUCAUCAAGGCCAGCGCUCCCGAGUCUGGCUUGCUUUCCAAGGUCUAGACUAGGCCACGCGUGGUGAAAAAGGAAAAGGUAGAAUGUGUCCUUGUCCACUGAUCCCAGAUAUAGAUAUGGGUUCAUAUUCUCAUAGUGGUUAAGGAUAGAAGUUAGGUGUAGAGUAGCCUGAUCCUAGAUCUGUGGUUAAAUUAGUAUGUAAUGGUUAAGGUUAGGAUUGAGGGUAGGGAUAUCUGUGGUUAGGGACAACUUCUACCAUCAAGCAGUGACAGAGAACCAACAGGAAUCAAGAGGUUUAAAGGGGCGAUCUGCAGUUGCUUAAUCUAUUUUUGGAAUUAUAAUUUAAUUAUAUGUACCCAUUGAUUCUUGAGGAAUAUAACUUGGAAAUGCCUCAUGAGCUUAAUUCACCUGUCACAGUCCAUGAGAACCCAAAAUAUAACCUUAUUUUACUCCAAUGUUUGACAACAACAAACACUAUAUAGCCUCAUAUAUAUUGCAUCCAUAGCUCUGUCUAUGAAUUUGAGUGGUUACACUUCACCAGCCCCAUCCCUUAUUUUUUUUCCUGCUGAUUUGACGCUUUAAGGUGAAUUGGGAGAUGGACCAGUUUUCUUUCAGUCCUGGUCUGGGAAGGGGAUGGACCAGUUCUUCUUCAGUCCUGGUCUGGGAAGGGGAUGGACCAGUUCUUCUUCAGUCCUGGUCUGGGAAGCCCAUUGCGUAUGCAGCAUUUCACUCCAGCUGGAUUAAAUAUUGUGAAAAUCUAACCUUGUUGUAGGGAAGGACUUGUCUUGAACUGAAAGUGCACAUUGAGGUGAUGUCAUAGGACCAGUACAUUUCCACUGACCAGUUUCAUGUGGGUUGAUAAACAUACACACUGAGUCUUGGACUUGGGAAACCUUGGCUGGGCUAUUUUGGUACCAAUGAUAUUUAUGCACUGAGCUUUCUAGCCUGCCUGAGCACAUGGGUGAUUAAGUGCUUGCUUCAUGUGACUAGUAUAUUGUAUGUGAGUCAGGGUUUGAUGUAGAAAAAUGAAUAAAUAUGAUAUAUUUCCUAAUGUAUAAUUCCUGUUUCCCUUUUUGUCAACAGCUCACAGUAUGACAGUAAUUCGGAAUUGUACUUCCUCGUCUAUUUUUAUCAUGUGUUCACUGCCGUAUUCUCUUAUCUGCCUGUAAUGAAAAGGGGGAAAUAAAUAUAAGAAAUUGUUGAGACA